AUGGACUCGCAGGUGUUCAUCAGCUCGACCUCGACCGAUGCCGAUUACGAGCCGUCACCCCUCCUGCGCCUGCCAGAAGAGCUGCUCGACGAGAUCAUUCGCCUUGCAACGGGCGCACAAGCCUAUGACACUGUUCAGCCCCUUUGUCGUCGCCUGUAUCCUCUUCAACGCCGUCAUUACUAUCGAUCCAUCCGCAUCAGCAACUAUCCCAUGUUCGCCGGCUUCUGCGCCACGACGGCCGCUGUCCCCGCUCUGCGCGACCUCGUCGUCCAGCUCGGCCUCGAACUAUACGAGGCGUCGAACGAUGCAUCCUCCCCGCGGUUGUGGGGCGUCGGCUCCGGCCCGCACUCCUGGGACGACUCGCACCUCGCCGACGAGGACAAGGUGGUGACGCCGGCCGACCUGUCCGCCCUUCUCGCCCGACUUUCGCGACUCGAGGUCCUCAAGCUCGACUACCUGUCGGUCUCGCUCCUCGGCGUCAUCUUGUACGACGAGGCGACCCUGCCGUCAUUGCGCCGCCUCGAGACGCUCGGCAUCAUGACGCCGUCAACCGAGGGCCCGCCUGGCGCGCGCCCGGACGCCUGGGUGCGGCAGCUCGCACGCCUUCCGGCGCUUGAGACGCUCGCGAUCGCGCGCGAGGUUGACGGCGACCUGUUCCCGCCUUUUGACGCGCCCAUGCCGUCGUUCACGUCGGUCACCACGCUCGUCCUCGGGCGGCACUCGCACGAGUGGACCGGGCCGGCCCUGCGCGACAUCAUGCCCAACCUCGUCGCGCUCGACUUGUCGUCCGCGAGCCGCAAGCCCGACUACCAGGCCAUCCUCGAGGGCGCUCCCGACGGCCUGCGCCGCCUGUCGAUGCGGGGCAGCCUCCGCCCGGAUUCCCCCAGCAGCGCCGUCUCGCCCCCGAAUCUGCAGACGGCGGGUCUGCGCUUCAAGCACCUCGAGCACCUUGCACUCGGCGGGCACCUGUUCACGCCCGACAUCCUCCACGCUACCCCGUCCAAAAUCCCCUCUCUGCGCUCCCUCACCUUCGCGCCGGGUACGCCCGCCACCGACACGCUCCUCUCGUCCCUCCUCAGUGGUCGAGCCCGCCUCGCAAACCUCCGUGUCGUCACGCUCGACCACCUGUACGCCCACCGAGGCCCGACCAUCGCUUCCCGCGGCGGCGUCCUCCCGUCCAACCUUGUCCUCUUGCGCAAUCCGCCCAUGUACGACGGCUGGCUCGCGCCCAACGAGGUGCAGGGCUGCUCGGCCGCAGGCGUCGUCGCCGCCGUCGCGGCCGGGCGCACGCACGGCGUCUGCGUGCGCGGGACGGCGCUCGGCGUCGUCGGGUGGGAGGAGCAGUACGCGGCCGAGAGGGCGGCAGCGAUUGAGCUCUGGGGCGAGGACGGGCCGAGGGAGCUCGAGGAGGCGAAGAAGAGGGCGCUCAUGCGCUUGCGGACGCUCGGGCAGGGGUAUCGAGACGAGGCGGCGGCGCAGUCGAGCUCUCUCGGUAGCUGAGCGACUUUGCGCUCGUGCGCACGUGUGCAACCCCGCAACUCUUUGUCUCUCUC